AUGAUGCAGGCUCGCGACGCCGCGGGCCGCCAGGUCUCGCUCCUCAACGACGACGGCUACGAAAAGGCCUCGCUCUACCCGCCGCAGCACCGCCCGCUCACCUUCCAGCCCUCAACCCAGCAGGCGAUCCCGCGCCCCUACCCCAGUCCCCGCACCAGCAGCUCCUCGUCGCCUAACACGCCUGAGCUGUUACGGUCGGACUCGUAUGACUCUCAGAUGAGCAGCAACGAUCCCAUCUCUCCCUUGACGCCCUCGGUGGACUACGCCUAUGCCCGCGGAGCUCUCUACCCCGUGGACGCGCCGCCCGCCAAGCGCCCCGCCUACGUCAACAGCAGCAGGUCUGCGUCGUUUGACGAUGACAGCAGCUCGUCGGUGGCGACCCCCGCCGUGCCCGAGCAGCGCCCCGGGAAGCGGUAUCCUUGCCGGUAUCGCGAUAGCCACGGCUGCGAGAAGACGUUCACCACGUCGGGCCACGCCUCUCGUCACUCCAAGAUCCACACGGCGGAAAAGGCCGUCCAGUGCACUUACCCCGGCUGCCAGAAGAAGUUUACGCGCGCCGACAACAUGAAGCAGCACCUGGAGACGCACUACAAGGACAAGAGCCGCUCAUCGGGCGGCGCCCGCGCUCACAAGGCCGCGCUCGCCGAGGCGCGCCGCAACUCGACGGCCUCAAGCCGCAGCCGCUCCUCGACAUCCACCACGACAGCCAGCAGCGCCGGCGGCCGCGAAGCCGGGCAGCAAUGGGAGGGCGCCGAGACGCAUCACCCGCAGUACCCGCUACCCUCGCCCGGCACCGCCGCCUGGGACAUGGGCGGCAUGAAGCUGCCCCUGCUGAGCCGGCCGGUCGCGGCGCGGACGCCCAGCAGCGGCCUCGACGCCCUGGCCAUGGCGGUGGAGUGCCAGGCUGGCAGCUCAUGA